AUGACGUCGCUUAACUCACGCAUCGCUAAAGUGGGCUACAGAAACAGACCUAGCCAGACUGCUGCUUCAUCUGAAAUAUUCAAGGAAAUACAGCAAAAACUUAAGGAGGAGCGUGAAGCAAAGCGAGCACAACUUGAUGGGAGACAUGACUACAUCUUUAGCAUUGUGGCUUCAUGCCUGGGUCUGGAGAAAUCUGAUGUGGAAGAUGCUAUACUGGAGGGGAACCAGAUUGAACGCAUGGAGCAGUUCUUUGUGUCCCAGGGCCUCCCACAUCUUAUGUUUUACUAUCAGGAUACAGAGCCUACAGAAGCUGCAACAUCAGCAGAGCCUGUACCUCUGGCUGCUGUCGUCCCACAGCCUAGUGCCACCAAGAGGCCUAAAGUGUUUGUGACAGACGGCAGAGAUGUAGCCUUGACGGGAGUGUGUGUCUUCUUUACUCGAGCCAACCCUUCCAAAACAAUCACCUCAGAGAACAUACACAGGGAUGUAAAUUUCAACAUUUUGGACACAACUGAAGGAGGCCUAUUAAAAAGUGUGGAGCAGCUUCUCUCUGAAGUCUUCAUCCCUACUUUGAGGAAGAUGAACCAUGGCUGGGGAGAGCUGGCCAGUCCUCAGGCCCAGACUGUCAAACAUGACUUCAUAUCAUCAUUAGAGAGUUUUGUGAAUGUUUUGGCUGGAGCACAAGAAAGCCUGCAAGAAAAGGUGACAUUGAAGGAGUGUGACACACUUGACCUGCGUGCAAUGAAAACCCCAGCAGACUACAUGGCAGCAGCUCACAGCACAGAGACCACGGACAAGAUAGAGGCGUGCAUGAAAGUCUGGAUCAAGCAGAUUGAACUGGUCCUGACUGAAAGUGACCAGUUAAGAAAAGAAGCAGACGAUCUUGGUCCUCGUGCUGAAUUGGACUACUGGAAGAGAAGGAUGUCGCGCUUCAACUAUCUUUUGGAUCAGCUGAAGAGCCCUGAUGUUCGAGCUGCUUUGGGAGUGCUUUUACUAGCAAAGUCUAAACUUAUCAAGACAUGGCGUGAACUUGACAUCAGGAUUACUGAUGCAGCCAAUGAAGCCAAAGACAAUGUGAAAUACCUAUAUAGUUUGGAGAAGUUUUGUGACCCCCUUUAUAACAGUGACCCUGUUACAAUGGUGGAUGCAAUACCCAGUUUGAUCAAUGCCAUCAGAAUGAUUCACAACAUUUCUCGCUACUACAAUACGCCUGAAAAGAUUACAUCGAUUUUGGUGAAGGUGACAAAUCAGAUGAUCACGGCAUGCAAGGCGUAUAUAACAAAUAAUGGGUCUUACACAAUAUGGGACCAGCCUCAAGAGCUAGUGGCAGAGAAAAUCCGAGCUUCUAUCUCUUUAAAUAAGGAAUAUCAGCAGUGUUACCAGAAGACCAAGCAGAAGCUGCAGCAGACUCCAACAGAGAGGCAGUUUGACUUCAGUGAAAUGUACAUUUUUGGGAAAUUUGAUUCGUUCCAAAAAAGACUCAAUAAGAUCUUGGAUAUGUUCACCACUAUUUCAACUUACUCUGUUUUACAAGAGUCAAAGAUUGAGGGACUAGAAACAAUGGCUACAAAGAAUCAGACUGCAGAAAUGCAGGGGAAAUGGGAGGCUAUUGUUCAUAACAUGAAGAAGAAACAUUACAGUUUUUUGGACCACAGGCGAACUGACUUUGAUACAGACUAUGAAGAUUUCUGCAAAAGUACUUUGGAGCUCCAUAAUGACCUCAAGAGUUUCAUGAAUAGCACUUUUGAGAAAAUCCAAAACACAGAAAGAGCACUGAAUGUGUUGAAGAAAUUUGAGAGACUAGGGAUUCCUGACCUUGGUAUUGAGGAGAAGUAUCAGCGCAUUCUGCAAAGCUAUGGACGAGACAUUGAAAUGGUCUCCCGUAUUUACAUCAAACAGAAACUAGACCCUCCCAUUGGGAGAGACCUUCCUCCUGUAGCAGGUCGAAUCAUGUGGGCUCGACAACUUUACAGCAGAAUCCAGGGGCCAAUGGACCUCUUUCAACAGCAUCCAGGUGUUCUUUCUACUGUUGAAGCAAAAAGAAUAAUCAAAAACUACAACAGGGUCGCUAGAGUCCUGCUGGAGUUUGAGAUACUCUAUCAUCAAAACUGGAUGAAAAAGAUGGAGGAUGCCAGAGUGGGUCUCCAGGUGUCUCUCUUAGUCAGGUCUCAGGCAACUGGGGAGCUGUUUGUGAACCUUGACCCUGAAAUCCUGACUCAGAUAAGGGAGACGAAUUGUAUGAAAAGAAUGAACUUAGAGGUGCCAUCCUUUGCUACUGUGCUGCUGCAAAAACAGGAAAGCCUGAAAAGGAAUUAUAAUAACUUACAGCUAAUGUUGAGUGAGAAUACCAGAGUGCGUGCAAAGAUUCAUAGUGUUUUUGAACAACUCACUACACCACAUGUUGCUAAGGUGGAUAAGGCCAUAUUGCCCGGUUUGACUACUCUGAACUGGACCUCUCUAACUAUAGAUAACUACCUCUCUCGCAUCGAAAAGUCUCUUGAGGACUUAGAGCUGCUGAUGGACCGGGUGAAUGACUUGGUGGAGUUCAGGAUUGACGCAGUUCUGCAGGAGAUGAGUGCUUCCACCCUGUGUAUACUGCCAGAGGAUGAACCUGUUACAUGUGAAGAGUUUGUUCAGACAACAAAGGACCUAUGUAUAAAACAAGCCCAGAUACUGCACACGAAAAGCUCUCUAGUGGAGGAGGCCACCAAUGAACUUAUCAACAUGCUGAUGGAGUUUGACCACAAUCAACGAGAAGAAGCGGAGAAAACCGAAGAGGAAAGCCCUCUUGAAAAUAAGCCUGUAGACCACAUAGACAGUGAAGGUGAAGAUGAGCACCGUUCAGAAGGUCGUCUCGUCUCCAGAAAUACCUUGAUGCCACCUCCGAGUGUUGGCCCUUCGUCUCCCCUGAUGAGGAAAAAGAAAAAGAGAGACCUGAUCGAAAUCAUGGAAGAGGAGGCUCAAGAACUGCUUUCCUAUUUUAACCACCGUAAUGUGGAUGCUUUACUCAGACUGACACGUAAUACCUUAGAGAUGUUACGCAAACGUAUCCACUCUUCACAAGGGCAUUUUAUGAGUGAAAAUGAUUCAUUCAGUUUCACAAAGACCAGACUUCAGCCUGCAAUCUUCAGAGUGAAUGUGGCUCUCUCCAUCCCAAAUAUUGUGAUGGUACCAGCUCUAGAGGAGGUCCAACAGACUCUGAACCGAGCGGUGGAGUGUGUGGUUAGUGUCAGUAAAGGAGUCAGCCAGUGGAGCAAAGAGAGGAUCUCCAAAAGGAAAAUGAACGAACGACGACUGGCAAGUUUAAAGCAAGACACCUCAGAAAGUGAGUCAGAAGAUGGAGCAGGAACUCACCGCAGUCUGGCAGAUGGAAGUACCUCAGAUAUAUCAGCUGCAGUGGUCCAGUCCAUCCCAGUGCAGCCCCGAAACUACUACAAGAGCGUGUCAGAAAACAAGGAAAUUGUAAAACUAGUAUCUGUUCUUAGCUCUUCUAUAAGUUGCACAAAAAAGGAAGUGAACAAUGCUUUGGACCGAUUCAGCUGUUACCACCAUAUCUGGAAAAAAGACAGAGAAGACACCAUGCGAAAGUUCCUUCAGGGAUCUCCCUUGUUGUCCGAAUUUGAGAGUCAAAUCCUUUACUACAAAGACCUUCAAACACAAAUCCUCUCUGAGCCUGAAUACAUCACUGUCGGAGCUUUAGCACUUUUUACAGCUGACCUGAAGAUGUCUCUGACAGCUGAAACCAGGAGCUGGAUGGUGGACUAUGGUUUGAACUGCAACAGGAAGUACCGCUCUGAGAUGGAGCAGAUUUUUACAUUUGUAGAUGAAGCAGGAAAGAAACUGAAUCGCCAAAUCAAAGAUCUGGACGACAUUCGCAUUGCCAUGGCAGCCCUCAAGGAGAUCCGAGAGCAUCAGAUAUCAAUAGAUUUCCUGGUUGGGCCUGUAGAGGAGUCAUAUGCCAUGCUUCACAAAUUUGAGCUGUCUGUGGCAAAAGAAGAAGUGGACAAAGUAGACACGCUGCGAUACACCUGGGAGAAACUCCUCUCCCGCACCGCAGAGGUGCAGAACGAGCUAGUGGCCCUGCAGCCAAACUUCAGAGGAGAACUGCUGAGCAAUGUGGAGACUUUUGUGGAGGACUGUCAAUACUUCUACCAAGAUUAUGAGAAGGAUGGACCCAUGGUUGUGGGUCUGGCUCCACAAGAUGCAAGUGAUAGACUGAUUAUGUUUCAGAAUCGAUUUGACAACCUUUUCAGGAAAUACAUUACUUACACCGGAGGAGAGGAGUUGUUUGGACUUCCUGUUACCCAGCACCCUCAGCUACUGGAAAUCAGAAAGCAGCUAACAUUACUGCAAAAAUUAUAUGGACUUUACAACAAUGUGAUUGAGACUGUCAAUGGUUACUAUGAUAUACUCUGGGCUGACAUACACAUUGAAAGAAUCAAUAAUGAACUCAUGGAUUUUCAAACAAGAUGCCGCAAGCUCCCACGUGCAUUGAAAGAGUGGCAGGCCUUCUUGGACCUCAAGAAAACAAUUGAUGAAUUUAGUGAGUGCUGUCCUUUGCUUGAACUAAUGAGCAAUAAAGCAAUGAUGACACGUCACUGGAAGCGAAUUACUGAGGUGACUGGGCAUCCAUUUGAAGUGGAGACCGAAACAUUCAAGCUACGUAAUAUAAUGGAGGCUCCUUUGCUCAAAUAUAAGGAAGAAAUUGAGGAUAUUUGUAUCAGUGCAGUAAAAGAGCGGGACAUUGAACAGAAGCUAAAGAUGGUUAUUGCUGAAUGGGACAACAAGACAUUUACAUUUGCAAACUUUAAAACACGUGGAGAGCUGCUGUUGAGGGGAGACAGCACCUCUGAGAUAAUAACAAGCAUGGAGGACAGCCUGAUGAUGUUAGGAUCUCUUAUGAGUAAUAGGUAUAACACUCCAUUUAAAACCCAAAUUCAGAAGUGGGUGCAGAAUCUCUCCAACACCACUGACAUUAUAGAAAACUGGAUGACAGUACAAAAUCUCUGGAUCUACUUGGAAGCUGUGUUUGUGGGAGGAGACAUUGCUAAACAGAUGCCUAAGGAAGCAAAGCGUUUCUCUAACAUAGACAAAUCCUGGGUAAAGAUCAUGAUGCGAGCUCAUGAGAUGCCCAACGUGGUGCAGUCAUGUGUAGGUGAUGAGACUAUGGGACAGCUGCUGCCUCACCUACUCGAACAGCUUGAAAUCUGCCAAAAAUCACUUACAGGCUAUUUGGAAAAGAAGCGGUUGCUCUUUCCUCGUUUCUUCUUUGUGUCUGAUCCGGCCCUUUUGGAAAUCCUGGGUCAGGCUUCAGACUCUCAUACUAUCCAGGCCCACCUUCUAAAUGUCUUUGACAACAUUAAAAGUGUUCGAUUUCACGACAAAGUUUAUGACCGGAUUUUGGCUGUGUCCUCUCGGGAAGGAGAGACUGUGGAGCUGGAGCGUCCCGUUACAGCUGAAGGCAAUGUGGAAGUGUGGCUUAAUUCUUUGCUUAAGGAGUCCCAGAGGUCUUUGCACCAAGUUAUCCGACAGGCGGCUUUGACUAUACAGGACUCUGGUUUCCAGCUGAUCGAUUUUCUUAAUUCCUACCCCGCCCAGGUGGGCUUGUUAGGGAUCCAGAUGAUAUGGACAAGAGAUGCAGAGGAGGCAUUGACCAACGCCAGGUAUGAUCGUCGCAUCAUGGCCAAAACCAAUCAACUUUUCCUGGACCAACUCAACACACUGAUUGACAUGACCACGAAAGAUCUGGGGACUGUGGAAAGGACCAAGUACGAAACCCUCAUCACCAUCCACGUCCACCAGAGAGACAUAUUUGAUGAUCUUUGCCGGCUGCAUAUCAAAAGCCCCAGUGACUUUGAGUGGCUAAAGCAGUGCCGUUUCUACUUCAAUGAGGACUCAGACAAGAUGGCCAUCAACAUCACUGAUGUGGGCUUUGUCUACCAGAAUGAAUUUCUGGGCUGCACCGAAAGGCUUGUUAUAACACCUCUGACUGACAGGUGCUACAUAACCCUUGCACAGGCUCUUGGUAUGAGCAUGGGUGGAGCUCCCGCUGGUCCAGCAGGAACAGGUAAGACAGAGACCACAAAAGACAUGGGUCGCUGUCUAGGAAAAUAUGUAGUUGUCUUUAAUUGUUCUGAUCAAAUGGACUUCAGAGGCUUGGGAAGAAUAUUCAAAGGUUUGGCCCAGUCCGGAUCCUGGGGAUGUUUUGAUGAGUUUAAUCGAAUUGACCUCCCAGUUCUAUCAGUGGCAGCGCAGCAAAUUGCCAUUGUACUCACCUGCAAGAAGGAGAGGAGAAAGAGCUUUAUCUUCACAGAUGGAGAUCAUGUUGAAAUGAAUCCAGAGUUUGGCAUCUUCCUAACUAUGAACCCAGGUUAUGCUGGGAGACAAGAGCUUCCUGAAAAUUUGAAAAUCAACUUCCGAUCAGUGGCUAUGAUGGUUCCUGAUCGACAAAUAAUAAUUCGGGUUAAACUGGCCAGCUGCGGGUUUAUUGACAACAUGGAGCUGGCCCGCAAGUUCUUCACACUGUACAAGCUGUGUGAAGAGCAGCUUUCCAAACAGGUUCACUAUGAUUUUGGUUUGCGAAAUAUACUGUCUGUUUUGCGAACCUUGGGUGCGGCGAAGCGUGCUAACCCUUCUGACACUGAAUCCACUAUUGUGAUGAGAGUCCUCCGGGAUAUGAACCUCUCCAAAUUGAUUGAUGAAGAUGAGCCUUUGUUCCUGAGCUUGAUUGAAGAUCUUUUUCCUGGCAUCCACCUUGAUAAAGCAGGAUACCCAGAACUAGAAGAUGCAAUUGAUAGACAGGUUGAGGAAGCAGGUUUAAUCAGCCACCCCCCGUGGAAGCUAAAGGUCAUUCAGUUGUUUGAGACGCAGAGAGUGCGACAUGGAAUGAUGGCAUUAGGACCCAGUGGUGCCGGGAAGACCACAUGUAUACAUACUCUUAUGAGAGCCAUGACAGAGUGUGGUCAGCCUCAUAGAGAAAUGCGCAUGAAUCCCAAAGCCAUCACAGCUCCUCAGAUGUUUGGUCGUCUGGACGUUGCUACAAAUGACUGGACAGAUGGAAUAUUCUCCACACUUUGGAGAAAAACACUGAGGGCCAAAAAAGGAGAGCACAUUUGGAUAGUUCUUGAUGGACCAGUUGAUGCUAUCUGGAUAGAGAACCUUAACUCUGUUUUGGAUGACAAUCGGACUCUUACACUGGCGAAUGGUGACCGCAUUCCCAUGGCGCCCAACUGUAAAGUUGUUUUUGAACCUCACAAUAUUGACAACGCAUCUCCUGCGACUGUAUCACGUAAUGGUAUGGUGUUCAUGAGCUCUUCUGUUCUCAACUGGAGUCCUAUACUGGAGAGCUGGUUGAAGAAACGCUCGACCCAUGAAGCUGAAAUCCUAAGGCAACUGUUCACCUCUUCAUUUUCGGAGCUUUUCCGCUUCAGUGUGCAAUCUCUGGAGUUCAAAAUGGAUAUGUUGGAGGCUUUUGUCAUCAUGCAGUGUAUCAACAUGCUGCAGGGACUCAUACCGCAAAGAGAACAGUGUGGAGACAUAUCCAGAGAGCACCUGGAGCGGCUCUAUGUCUUUGCUCUGAUGUGGAGUACAGGAGCUUUACUUGAGCUAGAUGACCGGAGAAAGAUGGAGCUGUGGAUCCGGGCAAAUGAUAGCUUAUCCCUGAAUCUGCCAGAAAUUCCUCCUGAGAGUGAAGACACAAUAUUCGACUACUAUGUCACAGCUUUCGGGCAUUGGGUUCACUGGAACUCCAAAGUAGACGAGUAUAUCUAUCCAACUGACAUUACCCCUGAGUACAGCUCCAUCCUCGUCCCCAAUGUGGACAAUGUCAGAACAGACUUUCUUAUUCAGACUAUAGCAAAACAAGGAAAGGCUGUGUUGCUGAUUGGAGAACAGGGAACAGCCAAAACUGUGAUGAUCAAGAGCUAUGUAUCAAAGUGUGACCCUGAGACGCAUAUGAGCAAAAGUCUAAAUUUUUCCUCAGCAACCACACCACUAAUGUUUCAGAGAUCUGUUGAGAGUUAUCUAGACAAGAGAAUGGGCAGUACUUAUGGACCUCCUGCUGGAAAGAAAAUGACUAUUUUCAUAGAUGAUAUCAACAUGCCUGUUAUCAAUGAGUGGGGAGACCAGGUGACAAAUGAGAUUGUGCGACAGCUGAUGGAGCAGAAUGGUUUUUAUAAUUUGGAGAAACCUGGAGAGUUUACCAGUAUUGUGGAUGUCCAGUUUUUAGCAGCAAUGAUCCAUCCUGGAGGAGGACGCAAUGACAUCCCCCAGAGACUAAAAAGGCAGUUUUCUAUUUUUAACUGCACAUUGCCCUCUAACACCUCCAUUGACAAGAUUUUUGGUGUCAUUGGUGAGGGUCAUUUCUGUGAUGCGCGAGGCUUCAGUGAUGAAGUGAGAAAUGCUAUUCCUCGGUUGGUUUCUCUGACCCGUCAUCUGUGGCAGCUAACAAAGGUCAAAAUGCUUCCAACACCAGCUAAGUUCCACUACAUCUUUAACCUGCGAGAUCUGUCCAGAGUCUGGCAAGGAAUGCUUAGUACGACCUCUGAGGUGGUCACUUCCACUGAGGUACUGCUGGCCCUGUGGAAGCAUGAGUGCAAACGUGUGAUAGCUGACAGAUUUACAAUGCCGGAAGAUGUGGAGUGGUUCGAUCAGGCUUUGGCAAAACUAGUGGGGGAGAAACUCGGAGAGGAGCACAAAACUAUAGUGGACUAUGGAGUAGACAGAUACUUUGUUGACUUUUUACGAGAUGCACCUGAAGCUACAGGUGAGGAGCCAGAGGAUUCAGACUUCGAUUUGCCUAAAGUGUAUGAAUUUAUUGAGUCAUUUGAAAGUUUGAAAGACCGUCUAAACAUGUUCUUGAGCCUUUUCAAUGAAAGUAUCAGAGGGACGAGUAUGGAUAUGGUAUUUUUCCAGGAUGCUAUGAUACAUUUAGUCAAGGUCUCGAGAAUCAUAAGGACCUCAGGUGGCAAUGCCUUGUUAGUGGGUGUUGGGGGCUCAGGCAAACAGAGCCUGACAAGAUUGGCCUCAUUUAUCGCUGGAUACAAGAUUUUCCAGAUUACUUUAACACGAUCAUAUAACACAGCCAACUUGAUGGACGAUCUGAAGGGUUUGUACAGAACAGCUGGUCAACAUGGGAAAGGCAUCAGCUUCAUUUUUACUGAUAAUGAAAUCAAGGAGGAGUCUUUCCUUGAGUAUAUGAACAAUGUGCUUUCAUCUGGAGAGGUUUCAAAUCUGUUUGUUCGAGAUGAAAUUGAUGAGAUCUUAAGUGAUCUUAUCCCUGUGAUGAAGCGAGAGUUUCCCCGGCGACCUCCAACCAAUGAAAACUUGUAUGAGUACUUCAUGUCUCGGGUCAGACACAAUCUUCAUGUUGUGUUGUGCUUUUCUCCUGUUGGGGAAAAGUUUCGCAAUCGGGCUUUAAAAUUUCCAGCACUCAUAUCAGGCUGCACUAUGGACUGGUUCAGCCGUUGGCCCAAAGAUGCUCUAGUGGCAGUGUCACAGCACUUCCUCUCUCUCUAUGACAUUGACUGUUCACUGCAAGUCAAAAGUGAGGUUGUCCAGUGUAUGGGUUCAUUUCAAGAUGGUGUGGCUGAGAAAUGUGUGGACUACUUCCAAAGGUACAGACGCUCCACCCAUGUAACACCAAAGUCAUACCUGUCCUUCAUCCAGGGCUAUAAAGCGAUAUACAAAGAAAAACGCACUGAGGUUCAGACUUUAGCCAACAGAAUGAACACAGGUCUAAAAAAGUUGAAGGAAGCAUCAGAGUCUGUAGCUGCUCUGAGUAAAGAACUAGAGGUGAAAGAGAAGGAGCUACAGGUUGCUAACGAAAAAGCUGAUAUGGUUUUAAAGGAAGUUACAGUGAAAGCACAGGCAGCAGAGUGUGUGAAGAUAGAAGUGCAAAAAGUAAAGGACAAGGCUCAGGCCAUUGUGGAUAGUAUUUCUGCUGACAAGGCUAUCGCUGAGGAGAAACUGGAGGCAGCCAGACCAGCGCUUGAGGAGGCAGAGGCGUCCCUGCAGACCAUCAAGCCAUCAGAUAUUGCCACGGUCCGAACUCUAGGCCGCCCUCCUCAUCUCAUUAUGCGGAUCAUGGAUUGUGUGCUGCUGCUGUUUCAGAGGAGGGUCAAUUCUGUUAAAAUUGACCCGGAGAAAAACUGCAACACGCCGUCAUGGCAGGAGUCCCUAAAGCUCAUGACAGCUGGGAACUUUCUGGGCAGUCUGCAGCAAUUCCCCAAAGACUCCAUUAAUGAGGAAAUGGUGGAGCUUCUGCAGCCCUAUUUUGAUAUGCCUGACUACAAUAUUGAAACUGCCAAGAGGGUUUGCGGCAAUGUAGCUGGUCUUGCGUCAUGGACCAAAGCAAUGGCUUCUUUUUUCUCCAUUAACAAGGAAGUCCUGCCCUUGAAGGCUAACCUGGCUGUGCAGCAGAAUCGUCUUACCAUAGCUAAUGUGGACCUGCAGAAGGCUCAGGCUGAGCUAGAUGCUAAACAGGCAGAGCUGGAUGUGGUACAGGGAGAGUAUGAAAAAGCAAUGAUGGAAAAACAGGCUUUACUGGAGGAUGCUGAGCGCUGUCGACACAAGAUGCAGACAGCCUCCAGCCUGAUAAGUGGCUUGGCCGGUGAGAAGGAAAGAUGGACAGAGCAAAGUAAAGAGUUUGCAGCUCAAACAAAGCGCCUUGUCGGUGAUGUCCUUCUGGCCACAGCAUUCCUCUCCUAUUCAGGCCCCUUUAAUCAAGAGUUUAGAUAUCUUUUAAUGUACGACUGGAAACGGGAGUUGAAACAGCGUCAUAUCCCAUUUGGAAAUAAUCUCAACCUGACAGAACUGCUCAUUGAUGCCCCUACUGUCAGCGAGUGGAAUUUACAGGGGCUCCCCAAUGAUGACCUGUCCAUUCAGAACGGCAUUAUUGUUACCAAAGCUGCCCGUUUCCCGCUUCUAAUUGACCCUCAAGCACAAGGAAAGAUCUGGAUCAAGAACAAGGAGGCCAGGAAUGAGUUGCAGGUCACUUCACUAAACCAUAAAUACUUCAAGAACCACCUGGAGGACAGUUUGUCUCUUGGUCGUCCCCUGUUAAUUGAAGAUGUUGAAGAAGAACUGGACCCUGCCCUGGACAAUAUACUGGAGAAGAAUUUCAUCAAGACUGGAUCUACAUACAAGGUGAAAGUGGGUGACAAAGAGGUGGAUGUGAUGAAAGGAUUCCGUCUUUACAUGACCACCAAACUGCCAAACCCAGCGUACACCCCAGAGAUCAGCGCACGCUCUUCUAUCAUCGACUUUACUGUCACCAUGAGAGGACUGGAGGACCAGUUACUAGGCAGGGUCAUCCUCACAGAAAAGCAGGAACUAGAGAAGGAGAGGACAGACCUCUUGGAAGACGUCACUUCAAACAAAAGAAAAAUGAAAGAACUAGAGGACAACCUUCUCUACAGACUGACCAGCACACAGGGAUCACUAGUGGACGACGAGAGCCUGAUUGCUGUCCUGGGCAACACGAAGCGCACGGCUGAAGAGGUCACUCAAAAGCUACAGAUUGCUGCUGAGACUGAAGUCCAGAUAAACGCUGCCAGAGAAGAGUACAGACCAGUGGCAACCCGAGGCAGUAUCCUGUACUUCCUUAUUACAGAGAUGAGUAUGGUUAAUGUCAUGUAUCAAACAUCUCUAAGGCAGUUCCUGGGGCUUUUUGACCUCUCUCUGGCGAGGUCCUUCAAAAGUCCAAUAACGAGCAAACGAAUUGCCAACAUCAUUGAGUUUAUGACCUUUGAGGUUUAUAAAUAUGCAGCACGGGGCCUUUAUGAGGAGCACAAGUUUCUCUUCACUUUGCUUUUAGCCCUGAAAAUCGACAUGCAGAGUAGCAGGGUCAAACAUGAAGAAUUUCUGACUCUCAUAAAAGGAGGUGCAUCUCUGGACCUCAAGGCCUGUACCCAGAAACCUGCAAAAUGGAUCCUGGAUAUGACUUGGCUCAACCUUGUGGAGCUGAGCAAACUAUGGCAGUUUUCAGAAAUUCUUGAUCAGAUAACUCGUAAUGAGAAACAGUGGAAAACCUGGUUUGACAAAGAAGCUCCAGAAGAGGAAGUACUCCCCAACUCUUAUGACCAGGCGCUGGACUGUUUCAGGCGUCUGCUCCUCAUUCGUUGCUGGUGUCCAGACAGAACAAUUGCACAGGCUCGUAAAUACAUAAUGGAUUCGAUGGGGGAAAAGUACACAGAAGGCGUAAUCCUGGAUCUGGAGAAGACUUGGGAAGAAGCAGACCCCCGAACACCUCUGAUCUGUUUCCUAUCCAUGGGCUCAGAUCCAACAGACUCCAUCAUUGCAUUGGGGAAGAGACUGAAAAUCGAAACGCGAUAUGUGUCCAUGGGGCAAGGACAAGAAGUGCAUGCUCGCAAACUUCUGCAGCAGACCAUGGCUAAUGGAGGCUGGGCGUUGCUCCAAAAUUGCCACUUGGGACUGGACUUCAUGGAUGAGCUGAUGGAUAUAGUGACUGAGACAGAGUUUGUCCACGACAGUUUCCGGCUCUGGAUUACAACCGAAGUUCACAAACAUUUCCCUAUCACCCUUCUUCAAAUGUCAAUCAAGUUUACCAAUGAACCACCACAAGGGCUGAAGGCGGGUCUUAAGAGGACCUAUGGAGGUAUUAACCAGGACCUUCUGGAUGUCAGCAAUAUGGCACAAUGGAAACCAAUGCUUUAUGGGGUGGCAUUUCUUCACAGCACUGUUCAAGAGAGGAGGAAGUAUGGGCCACUGGGGUGGAAUAUCCCAUAUGAAUUCAACCAGGCUGAUCUUAAUGCUACAAUUCAGUUUGUCCAGAACCACCUUGAUGACAUGGACAUCAAAAAGGGUGUGUCCUGGAACACAGUCCGCUACAUGAUUGGAGAGAUUCAGUAUGGCGGCCGCGUGACUGACGACUAUGACAAACGUCUUCUCAAUACCUUUGCCAAAGUGUGGUUCAGUGAGGAAAUGUUUGGACCGAGCUUCAACUUCUACCAGGGCUACAGUAUCCCUAAAUGCACCAAUGUAGAACAGUAUCUUACCUACAUCCAGGGAUUACCGUCUUAUGAUACCCCAGAGGUAUUUGGAUUACACCCCAAUGCUGACAUCACCUACCAGAGCAAACUCGCUAAGGAUGUCCUGGACACUAUUCUCAGUAUCCAGCCCAAAGACAGCUCCUCCGGUGGGGGAGAGACCAGAGAGGCAGUCGUGUCCAGACUGGCUGACGACAUGCUGGAGAAACUGCCCCCUGACUACGUGCCAUUUGAGGUAAGGGAUCGUCUUCAGAAGAUGGGCCCGUUCCAGCCCAUGAACAUCUUCCUACGGCAGGAGAUCGACCGCAUGCAGAGGGUCAUUGUUCUGGUCCGAAACACCCUCACAGACCUCAAACUGGCCAUAGAUGGGACCAUUAUCAUGAGUGAGAACCUACGGGAUGCUCUGGACUGCAUGUAUGAUGCCCGCAUUCCUGCUCGCUGGAAGAAAGCAUCAUGGGCCUCCAGUACCCUGGGGUUCUGGUUCACGGAGCUGCUUGAGCGGAACCGGCAGUUUCAGGCCUGGAUCUUUGAAGGGCGCCCCAACUGCUUCUGGAUGACAGGCUUCUUCAACCCGCAGGGCUUCCUGACAGCUAUGAGACAGGAAAUCACUCGUGCGAAUAAAGGCUGGGCUCUGGACCGCAUGGUGUUGUGCAACGAGGUGACCAAGUGGAUGAAGGAUGACAUCACUCAGCCUCCAGUCGAGGGGGUUUAUGUCUAUGGCCUUUACUUGGAGGGAGCUGGAUGGGACCGCCGCAACAGCAAACUCAUCGACUCUAAACCCAAAGUCCUCUUUGAGAUGAUGCCUGUUAUUAGGAUGUACGCUGAGAAUAAUGGUGUUAAAGACCACCACCUUUACAUGUGUCCAAUCUACAAGAAGCCCAUCAGGACGGACCUAAACUACAUCGCAGAUGUUGAUCUGAAAACAACACUUCCUCCGGAGUACUGGAUUCUACGAGGCGUGGCCCUGCUCUGUGAUGUCAAAUAA